AUGGAUAGUAUAUUUGGAUCAUUUGGUGAUCUUGUUGCUACUCGUCCCAUUGAACAUUUGGGUUGUCAGGACCUUUCAUUUGGAGGACAGCUACAACCACCAUUAAAAGUUGUAGAGGAUGGUGGUGCUUCAGGUUGUGGUGGUAAAAUUUGGACUGCAGGUGAAUUACUCUGUGAAUAUAUCUUGGAGAAAAGUCCUGGUAAUGAGUUAUUAGGAGCGAGUCUACCGAAAGGUGGUCACAUCUCAAAAGUAUUGGAAUUAGGUAGUGGUACUGGGGUAGUCGGGCUUUGUGUAUCAUUAUUAGCUCAGCAACAUCAUCUAUCAACAGAUACUCAUAUCAGCAUCACUGAUAUCGGUGGACUGGUGCCAUUGAUGCAAAGUAACAUUGAUGUCAAUGAUGUCAAUGGUAACACCAAUGCGACAGAGUUAUUAUGGGGGGAACCACUCUUCAAAGAAUAUCGGGAUAUAGAUCUUGUUCUUGCAGCAGAUUGUGUGUACUUAGAAGAAGCAUUUCCUUUAUUGGAACGGACUCUGUUAGAUUUGACAGAUCAAGAGGAUAGUCAGCCAAUCGUUCUGAUGGCUUAUCGUCGUCGACGUAAAGCAGAUAGGAAGUUUUUCCAACGGAUCAAACAUAAUUUCGAUGUGAUUGAAGUAAGUGAUUUCUCAAGACAUUCCCAGUACUUGAAACUCCGUACACACCUUUUCCAGUUAGUACGAACACAUGUUCAUAAACAGUGA